AUGAACAUCAGAGGUCCUAAAGUCACAAAAGAACCCCGUCUCGCAAUGUCCUCGUCGUUUUGUAACAACGAGACCAUGCAAACAAAAGCGAUUGAUAGUAAUUAUCUGGAUCAUUUGAGUAAUUUGAAAACAAAUGCUACACCUUCUGCGCAUACACUCACUUCGAUUGCAGUUGCCGUUUCGACGAGUAUAUCGCAAGAAGAAGUAGUAAAGUAUUGCGAAAGAGGCGUUUCCAUGAUGGUCGUAUGGUUUGACGGACUGACUGUCCAAGAAUGCAAGAAAAUGAUAUUUGAAAUUCGCCAAGGCGUUUUUAACCAUAGUUUGAAAAACGAUCGAAUACCGUACUCGUUAGCUAUCGUGCUAAAUCUCGAAGGGCAAAAAAUAAUAACAGGCACCAUACUUAGAACCCAACUGAAACAAACGAUGAUAAAACUAGAAACUAACGAUUACGUUUACGUGACCAACAAUGUUGAAUACAAGAACAAAUGUUCGCCGGAACGUAUUUAUGUGAACGCCGAAAAUAUUUUGCGAUUGAAGCAAGGAGAUCUGAUUUAUUUGGACUACGGCAAGAUCGAACUAUCCGUACACCAAGUGGAUAGCGAGGAGCUGCAGUGCCUGGUCAGACGAGGCGAUUUUCUGGGAUCCGAAAGAAUGGUGCACAUUCCGGGAAUGCCGAUACCGGCAGGGCUUACUGACGACGACGAGGGCCGAAUACGCAAGGCCAUACAAAACAAAAUCGACGUGAUACUCAUACCCGGUGUCAGGGAUGCAGCCUACGUCUACCGGGUAAAAGAAUUCGUCCAACGCGAAAAAGGAAGCGACAUUGAUUUGUACGCUAAAAUCGACAACAGUAUUGCUAUCGAAAACCUUGAUGAAAUCUUGACACUGGUCGACGGUGUUUUCCUUGAUUUACCAAGUCUGUCUAUGGAAAUAGGCCACGACAAGAUAUUCAUCGCUCAAAAGAUUGUUUUAUCGAAAUGCAACAUUAUGGGAAAGCCGACAAUCACUCACGGUGGGUUUCUGUCAUCAUUGGAGGUUACGUCGAUCCCGUCGAACGCCGAAGUCAACUCCGUCAUCAACACCGUACUCGAUGUGACCGACGCCAUUUACUUGAACGUCACACUGCGCACCGACUAUCCAGAGCACUGUGUAGAGUAUUUGUCCUACGUGUGCCGUCAAGGAGAAUCCGCCAUUUGGGAACAACAGAUGUUCAACGAGUUAAAUCUCAAGUCCAAACUGAAACCAGAUCCUGCUCAAGGGUUCAGUAUCGGUUGUGUGACGGUAUCGCUCAAAAGCCACGCGACAGCAAUAAUAGUCAUCUCUACGUCCGGUGUGUCAGCUCAGAAUAUUGCCAGGUACCGCCCAAGGUGUCCGAUAAUAGCAGUUACCAGACAUGGAAAGACAGCUAGAAAAUUAGCCGUAUGGCGCAAUCUGAUCACAGUCCACUACAUAACUCCUCAAGAAACCGAAUGGUUAAAAGACAUCGAAGCCCGCAUACGAUUUGCAAUGAAUUUCGGCAAAACUAAAGGCAUACUGAAAAAUGGGGAUUUAGUAAUAGUAACAAGUGGAAGUAAAGAAAGUGUAGGAUUUACGAAUACCAUGCGAAUGAUAUAUGUGAAUUCCGGUGAUAUCUACGACUAG